UCGUAGAAACACAAAAGAUGGUCGACCUGAAAGUUUUUCUUAGCGUUGCAGUAGUGUUGUGUUUAUCGUACCGUGCCUCUGGAGAACGGCGUCUCCUCUGCUACUACGAUAUUUGGGCCGCAGAACGAUACGACAUUGGCGCCUUUACACCUGACAUGAUCGACCCAUACCUCUGCACGCACAUUGUAAUGGCACAGGCCAUGGUUAGGAAGAACAAACCGAAAGUGUUCAGGCGUGUAGUGGCAGAUAUGAAAUACUACAUUCCUUUCACCAAUCUCACAUUAAUCAACCCAAAACUGAAGUCACUGGUGUUGCUAGCAGACUCAACAGCAGGGGAUAUGGACGAUAUUGUGCAAGACAGUACAUCCAGAGCCACGUUUACUCAGUCUGCCAUAGAUUUCUGCAGAAAAUACAGCUUUGAUGGGUUUGCUAUAGCUUGGAAGAAACCCAACGCUACUAACUUCUUAACAGUGAGCCAGGAUCUACGUGCAGCCUUUGAUAACGAAAACACAACUUCCGAUCGCUUGCUGCUUGUUGCUGAUCUGGUAGGACAAACACUUGAAGACGUAGACGCAUACUAUGAUAAAUAUACCAUCAAAUCAACCAUUAUGGACAACUAUGACUUUGUCAAUACAGAGUCUUUCAGUCUGUUUAGCGGCUCCAGCGUAACUGCUCAUCACAGCCGCAGGGUUGCUAGGGACGGUGCCGUCGGGGCAGAAAAGUUUGGCAAUAUGAAAUCGAUUGCCGAGUAUUUUGCUUUUCUUGGAAUUCCUAAAUCGAUGAUUAAUGUAGGAAUGGCAACCUAUGGAGGAGGUUAUACACUUGCUAACGAAUCCGACUUCAGCGUUGGAGCAAAUAAUGAUGGACCAAGCACUGUGGGUCUUUACUCUGAAACCCUAGGCUUCAUGUCUUAUUAUGAGAUAUGUAAAGCCCUCGAAAUGAACCAGGGUGCCAUGUAUAGAGAUUAUGGUGUGCCGUACUACGUCAAUGGCAGUCAGUGGAUUGGUUAUGAUGACACAGAAAGCUUCAAAGAGAAGGCGGAAUGGAUUGUCGAAGAAGGCUAUGGCGGUGCAGCAGUAUGGUCGUUCACAUUCGACGAUUAUAGUCAAUACUGCAACAAAUCUGAUCGUCGCUUUCCACUAAUUAACACUGUAAAGGACGUGUUUGUUGAGGCGGACACUCCAAAACAGUACAGACGAGUGUGUUACUUCACCGUGUGGUCGGAGAAUCGUAGAGGAGAUGGCAAAUUCAUGGCUGAGGACAUAGAUCCCAAUCUCUGUACCCACGUGAUUGUAGCCUUUGCCGAGGUUUCGGACGAUUGCGAGCUUCAGGCUUCCUCUGAGAACGAUACGAUGAUAUACGAACGUGUCACCGCCUUGAAGACAAAUAACGCCGACCUGAAGGUGUUGCUUUCUGUUGGUGGUUGGGAACAGGGAAGUGAAAGUUUCUCCUUCAUGGUUUCACGACCCAAACGGAGGAGGACCUUUGCGAAUUCAACCGUCGCGUUUCUACGAUUGUAUGGAUUUGACGGCCUUGAUUUGGCAUGGCAGUACCCAGCUCAAAGAGAAGGAUCUAAUGAAGACACGGACAAAAAGAAUUUUGGCAUUCUCGUCGAUUUACUAAGUCGGCAAUUCGAAAACGAAGUGCGAUCAGACGACACACCUCGGCUGAUGUUGACAGCUGCUGUGGCUGCGGAACAAGAACACAUUGACUACGCAUACGACGUGAAGGCCCUGUCAGAAAGCUUGGACUUCCUCAGUAUCCAGACGUUUGACAUGCAUGGCUACUGGGACGAAGAGACCGGUCAUCACAGUCAAUUAAAAGCGUUCCCGUGGCAAACUGGAACCGAAGCCAAUCUAAACAUGGAUUGGGCUGGAAGGUAUUGGCAAAUGCUUGGCGUUGACAAAGAAAAAAUCAAUAUAGGUGUCGCCACAUUCGGACGUGGCUUUGAUGUGGAUUAUGCAAACAAGAAUGGAAUUGGAAAUCCUUUUAAUGGACCUAGCGCCCCAGGCAAUUACACAGAAGAGGCAGGCUUCCUUGCUUAUUACGAGAUCUGCAAUUUAAAUGGAACACGUGAUUACCAAUCGAGUGUACCUUUUAUGUACGGAGACGAAUGGAUUGGUUAUGACGACGAAACUAGCAUCAUGAAUAAGAUGAUAUGGCUUGCAAAAGAGGGAUAUGGUGGCGCCAUGGUUUGGGCGUUGGAUCUGGACGACUUUAGAGGGAAUUGCAUGUCAUCCAAUGGCCCCUUCCCCCUCAUUUCGACCGUUAAGAAUGUUUUGACCGGCUAUUCGAAUGGAUCAAUUCAAUCCUUCGAUUCUACUUCCCCUACGACCACUUGGGAUACCACCACUAUGAGUGAGACCACUACACUACCUCCAUCGUCAACCCAAGAAGCCUUCAUCGAUUGUAAUACCUCGCCAACUGGCGGACCAUACCCAAAUACAAACGACUGUAGAACGUUUUACAAAUGUUCGCACGGAGUAGCUCAUCUAUACAAUUGCCCCGGGAACACUGCGUAUGACCGCGCUCUCAGAGUGUGCAACUGGAGCAGCUUCACAAACUGUUGAAUAGCUUUUAAAUUCUGAUUAAUAUGUCCUAUUGUUAUAGAUAGCACAAAUAUAUCCCAAUGCAAGUUUUGAUGUAAAAUGUUUCAAUUGUUAUGAUGACCACUAUAUGUAAUGUGUGAACGAUCUAAUAAAAGCGUUUUACAUGCGCCAUUAAUAGUAUUUCUUAAAUUGAAAUGUUUAUUUUUUUAUUCAAAUAUCACCAAAUAAAAUGAUGCAUCUUCUUACCGGAAGCAUUAUAUUUUAGAAAUUGACUUAUUCAUCAUCAGCUCGCAAUUGAAAGCAAAACCGGGAAACUUUCGCUCAGUCAAAUAAUUGCCCUUUGCCAAUACAAUCCAUGAUCGCCUUAUGUUAAUUUCGCCCUUCACAGGUAAAAACUAUAGUAUUAUAUUGUAUGUUGUUUAAUAAUAAUUGUUUUCAUGAUAAAUUCGUUCUGAUUGAUAAGGCAAAAGUUAACGAAAAUUUCCCGGUAUGCAAUGCAAAGCAUAUCGAGGAAAUUGAACAUUACAACUGGUGAUAUAAGCUAUAUAGUCAUUGAACCAUGCUUGCUAUAACUUCACUGAGGAUCUCCAGCCUUUACUAAAAUACUUUGUUUCCUGUAAUUAAUUAUCCCUACCCUUAUGAGUGAAGUUUGUGUCCUUAUUGACAGCUGGCGAGAGUAUUCUUUUCAGGAAAAACUUAUAUUAAACAAUAACACAUGGGGCUCUUAUGUGGGUUAUAUCGUAUCAAAUAUCUUCAAAUUCAAAUUCAAAUUUUACCCCCAAAAAGAAGUAAUGGAAUUGUUUACGAAUCCAAACCGAAAUGCAUUCCCAGAAUAUCGAUUGAUGAUACAUAUAUGGUACGUGAAAUAACAUAGAAAUGUUCACACCUCAAAAAGUAACUAUCACAGGAGGUUGUCAGAUGUUAGCCCAGGUGUGAUUUUGAGCUGCUGAACAUUAUUUAUAGAAACGUUAAAGGUGCUAGCAUGUACAUCAAUUCAAGAUGGUGUGUACAUCUUGUCAAGAUGUUAUAGGACACUAUCACGUGAUAACUUAUAUAUUAAACGCCAAAUUAACAUAUAUUUGAAUAAAUGCACACAUAUUGGAGGCACGGUGGUCUAGUGGUAGGACGCUGGGCUCGGGACCGAAGGGUUGCGAAUUCGAGUCACGGUACAGCACUGUAGUAUCUUUGAACAAGAUACUUUACUCUGCUUGUUCCAGUAUACUCAGCUGUAAAUCGGUACGAGGUAAGGCAGUGCUAAAAAUGUAGAAUGUUAGCUGUGAGCGCCGAAAUGGCAGCACCGGCUGUAUGGUCCUCAGGGAGUUGGGAAAGAU